AUGGGCAAGGACUGGGAGCAGCCCAAAGACAAGCAAAUCAAGGAGUGGCUUCAGAUGGUGCAAGAAAGUUUGGCCGCUGUCCAGAAGAUUGAAGUCGCUCGAAAAGGAUCCACACAAGCCUCUCGGCCCGCCAGGUCCCUAGUUCUCGCACUUGCAUCGCCACCUGCUGUAGCCGAACAGAGUAGGGGGUGCAAAAAUGCCAGCCUUGCGGUCGAUCAAAUGAAGAAAACCCUUGUAGAACUGCAAUUCAACGUCAGCGAGAUCACAGCCAAGGGGCAGAAUCUUGCCGGAGCAAAAUUGACACUGAAAGAUAUCAAGGAAAUCCUGAAUGAUUGCAUAGACUACGUCAUAACUCUGAAGCAUCACAUUACGCACAUAGUAGUCUUUUUCCGCACAUUCAAACCCAGAGUGUACACGGUGUUGAUUUCCCAAAUUAAGCCAUUUGAAGGAAAGGUCGAGAAAAUCAUUAAUAAUCAUAACUUGUUGUUCGAUCUCAUGCUUCUGCAAUCGAACGCAAUUCAAAUAUGGGCUAGUUUUGAGCAAUUCAAAGAUAUUGCCGACAUGUACAGGCAGAUUUACAAGCCUCAUCUGAUCGAUGGCCUUCUUCUCGUCGAUCAGAUGACCCGACUACGGAAGGAAACAAAUUUUGCUAGUCAGUUGGAAAAGAUCGAGAACUGGAAGAAGACCGUUCAAGGCCAAGUGGAUCAAAUCGUCGAGAAGCAAAUAUCUGAAGUGAAGAGGGUGCUGAAUGAGGACGAAAAGGAUUUACUCGAGAGUCGACUCAAGCUCCCGGCUGCUCCCUUUUGGGAGCAACUGGCAAUUGAACGGGGGGCCGUAGAAGCCAGAAAAGAAAAUAUUUUUAGGAUAGAGGAGGUCAACCCAGCACUGGAAAACAUGGGGAAAACACACAAGGAUCAACCUAUAGAGGUACGUUAUAUCAAUAAAAAUUUCAGCUCACAACAAGUAAUGAUUAUGUUGCCUCGACGCGCCGCCCAAGAAGAAAUUGAGGAGCAAAAGGCCUUGUUGGGAUUCUGUUGGCAGAGAUAA